AUGCAGCCACACAUGCAGAUACCAGCAGCCAUGCAGCCACACAUGCAGAUACCAGCAGCCAUGCAGCCACACAUGCAGAUACCAGCAGCCAUGCAGCCACACAUGCAGAUACCAGCAGCCAUGCAGCCACACAUGCAGAUACCAGCAGCCAUGCAGCCACACAUGCAGAUACCAGCAGCCAUGCAGCCACACAUGCAGAUACCAGCAGCCAUGCAGCCACACAUGCAGAUACCAGCAGCCAUGCAGCCACACAUGCAGAUACCAGCAGCCAUGCAGCCACACAUGCAGAUACCAGCAGCCAUGCAGCCACACAUGCAGAUGCAGGCAGGCAUGCAGCCACACAUGCAGAUACCAGCAGCCAUGCAGCCACACAUGCAGAUACCAGCAGCCAUGCAGCCACACAUGCAGAUACCAGCAGCCAUGCAGCCACACAUGCAGAUACCAGCAGCCAUGCAGCCACACAUGCAGAUACCAGCAGCCAUGCAGCCACACAUGCAGAUACCAGCAGCCAUGCAGCCACACAUGCAGAUACCAGCAGCCAUGCAGCCACACAUGCAGAUACCAGCAGCCAUGCAGCCACACAUGCAGAUACCAGCAGCCAUGCAGCCACACAUGCAGAUACCAGCAGCCAUGCAGCCACACAUGCAGAUACCAGCAGCCAUGCAGCCACACAUGCAGAUACCAGCAGCCAUGCAGCCACACAUGCAGAUACCAGCAGCCAUGCAGCCACACAUGCAGAUACCAGCAGCCAUGCAGCCACACAUGCAGAUACCAGCAGCCAUGCAGCCACACAUGCAGAUACCAGCAGCCAUGCAGCCACACAUGCAGAUACCAGCAGCCAUGCAGCCACACAUGCAGAUACCAGCAGCCAUGCAGCCACACAUGCAGAUACCAGCAGCCAUGCAGCCACACAUGCAGAUACCAGCAGCCAUGCAGCCACACAUGCAGAUACCAGCAGCCAUGCAGCCACACAUGCAGAUACCAGCAGCCAUGCAGCCACACAUGCAGAUACCAGCAGCCAUGCAGCCACACAUGCAGAUACCAGCAGCCAUGCAGCCACACAUGCAGAUACCAGCAGCCAUGCAGCCACACAUGCAGAUACCAGCAGCCAUGCAGCCACACAUGCAGAUACCAGCAGCCAUGCAGCCACACAUGCAGAUACCAGCAGCCAUGCAGCCACACAUGCAGAUACCAGCAGCCAUGCAGCAACACAUGCAGAAGCAGACAACCAUGCAGCCACACAUGCAGAUACCAGCAGCCAUGCAGCAACACAUGCAGAAGCAGACAACCAUGCAGCCACACAUGCAGAUACCAGCAGCCAUGCAGCCACACAUGCAGAUACCAGCAGCCAUGCAGCCACACAUGCAGAUACCAGCAGCCAUGCAGCCACACAUGCAGAUACCAGCAGCCAUGCAGCCACACAUGCAGAUACCAGCAGCCAUGCAGCCACACAUGCAGAUACCAGCAGCCAUGCAGCCACACAUGCAGAUACCAGCAGCCAUGCAGCCACACAUGCAGAUACCAGCAGCCAUGCAGCAACACAUGCAGAUACCAGCAGCCAUGCAGCAACACAUGCAGAUACCAGCAGCCAUGCAGCCACACAUGCAGAUACCAGCAGCCAUGCAGCCACACAUGCAGAUACCAGCAGCCAUGCAGCCACACAUGCAGAUACCAGCAGCCAUGCAGCAACACAUGCAGAUACCAGCAGCCAUGCAGCCACACAUGCAGAUACCAGCAGCCAUGCAGCCACACAUGCAGAUACCAGCAGCCAUGCAGCCACACAUGCAGAUACCAGCAGCCAUGCAGCAACACAUGCAGAUACCAGCAGCCAUGCAGCAACACAUGCAGAUACCAGCAGCCAUGCAGCCACACAUGCAGAUACCAGCAGCCAUGCAGCCACACAUGCAGAUACCAGCAGCCAUGCAGCCACACAUGCAGAUACCAGCAGCCAUGCAGCCACACAUGCAGAUACCAGCAGCCAUGCAGCCACACAUGCAGAUACCAGCAGCCAUGCAGCCACACAUGCAGAUACCAGCAGGCAUGCAGCCACACAUGCAGAUACCAGCAGCCAUGCAGCCACACAUGCAGAUACCAGCAGCCAUGCAGCCACACAUGCAGAUACCAGCAGGCAUGCAGCCACACAUGCAGAUACCAGCAGCCAUGCAGCCACACAUGCAGAUACCAGCAGCCAUGCAGCCACACAUGCAGAUACCAGCAGCCAUGCAGCCACACAUGCAGAUACCAGCAGCCAUGCAGCCACACAUGCAGAUACCAGCAGCCAUGCAGCCACACAUGCAGAUACCAGCAGCCAUGCAGCCACACAUGCAGAUACCAGCAGCCAUGCAGCCACACAUGCAGAUACCAGCAGCCAUGCAGCCACACAUGCAGAUACCAGCAGCCAUGCAGCCACACAUGCAGAUACCAGCAGCCAUGCAGCCACACAUGCAGAUACCAGCAGCCAUGCAGCCACACAUGCAGAUACCAGCAGCCAUGCAGCCACACAUGCAGAUACCAGCAGCCAUGCAGCCACACAUGCAGAUACCAGCAGCCAUGCAGCAACACAUGCAGAAGCAGACAACCAUGCAGCCACACAUGCAGAUACCAGCAGCCAUGCAGCAACACAUGCAGAAGCAGACAACCAUGCAGCCACACAUGCAGAUACCAGCAGCCAUGCAGCCACACAUGCAGAUACCAGCAGCCAUGCAGCCACACAUGCAGAUACCAGCAGCCAUGCAGCCACACAUGCAGAUACCAGCAGCCAUGCAGCCACACAUGCAGAUACCAGCAGCCAUGCAGCCACACAUGCAGAUACCAGCAGCCAUGCAGCCACACAUGCAGAUACCAGCAGCCAUGCAGCCACACAUGCAGAUACCAGCAGCCAUGCAGCCACACAUGCAGAUACCAGCAGCCAUGCAGCCACACAUGCAGAUACCAGCAGCCAUGCAGCCACACAUGCAGAUACCAGCAGCCAUGCAGCCACACAUGCAGAUACCAGCAGCCAUGCAGCCACACAUGCAGAUACCAGCAGCCAUGCAGCCACACAUGCAGAUACCAGCAGCCAUGCAGCCACACAUGCAGAUACCAGCAGCCAUGCAGCCACACAUGCAGAUACCAGCAGCCAUGCAGCCACACAUGCAGAUACCAGCAGCCAUGCAGCCACACAUGCAGAUACCAGCAGCCAUGCAGCCACACAUGCAGAUACCAGCAGCCAUGCAGCCACACAUGCAGAUACCAGCAGCCAUGCAGCCACACAUGCAGAUACCAGCAGCCAUGCAGCCACACAUGCAGAUACCAGCAGCCAUGCAGCCACACAUGCAGAUACCAGCAGCCAUGCAGCCACACAUGCAGAUACCAGCAGCCAUGCAGCCACACAUGCAGAUACCAGCAGCCAUGCAGCCACACAUGCAGAUACCAGCAGCCAUGCAGCCACACAUGCAGAUACCAGCAGCCAUGCAGCCACACAUGCAGAUACCAGCAGCCAUGCAGCCACACAUGCAGAUACCAGCAGCCAUGCAGCCACACAUGCAGAUACCAGCAGCCAUGCAGCCACACAUGCAGAUACCAGCAGCCAUGCAGCCACACAUGCAGAUACCAGCAGCCAUGCAGCCACACAUGCAGAUACCAGCAGCCAUGCAGCCACACAUGCAGAUACCAGCAGCCAUGCAGCCACACAUGCAGAUACCAGCAGCCAUGCAGCCACACAUGCAGAUACCAGCAGCCAUGCAGCCACACAUGCAGAUACCAGCAGCCAUGCAGCCACACAUGCAGAUACCAGCAGCCAUGCAGCCACACAUGCAGAUACCAGCAGCCAUGCAGCCACACAUGCAGAUACCAGCAGCCAUGCAGCCACACAUGCAGAUACCAGCAGCCAUGCAGCCACACAUGCAGAUACCAGCAGCCAUGCAGCCACACAUGCAGAUACCAGCAGCCAUGCAGCCACACAUGCAGAUACCAGCAGCCAUGCAGCCACACAUGCAGAUACCAGCAGCCAUGCAGCCACACAUGCAGAUACCAGCAGCCAUGCAGCCACACAUGCAGAUACCAGCAGCCAUGCAGCCACACAUGCAGAUACCAGCAGCCAUGCAGCCACACAUGCAGAUACCAGCAGCCAUGCAGCCACACAUGCAGAUACCAGCAGCCAUGCAGCCACACAUGCAGAUACCAGCAGCCAUGCAGCCACACAUGCAGAUACCAGCAGCCAUGCAGCCACACAUGCAGAUACCAGCAGCCAUGCAGCCACACAUGCAGAUACCAGCAGCCAUGCAGCCACACAUGCAGAUACCAGCAGCCAUGCAGCCACACAUGCAGAUACCAGCAGCCAUGCAGCCACACAUGCAGAUACCAGCAGCCAUGCAGCCACACAUGCAGAUACCAGCAGCCAUGCAGCCACACAUGCAGAUACCAGCAGCCAUGCAGCCACACAUGCAGAUACCAGCAGCCAUGCAGCCACACAUGCAGAUACCAGCAGCCAUGCAGCCACACAUGCAGAUACCAGCAGCCAUGCAGCCACACAUGCAGAUACCAGCAGCCAUGCAGCCACACAUGCAGAUACCAGCAGCCAUGCAGCCACACAUGCAGAUACCAGCAGCCAUGCAGCCACACAUGCAGAUACCAGCAGCCAUGCAGCCACACAUGCAGAUACCAGCAGCCAUGCAGCCACACAUGCAGAUACCAGCAGCCAUGCAGCCACACAUGCAGAUACCAGCAGCCAUGCAGCCACACAUGCAGAUACCAGCAGCCAUGCAGCCACACAUGCAGAUACCAGCAGCCAUGCAGCCACACAUGCAGAUACCAGCAGCCAUGCAGCCACACAUGCAGAUACCAGCAGCCAUGCAGCCACACAUGCAGAUACCAGCAGCCAUGCAGCCACACAUGCAGAUACCAGCAGCCAUGCAGCCACACAUGCAGAUACCAGCAGCCAUGCAGCCACACAUGCAGAUACCAGCAGCCAUGCAGCCACACAUGCAGAUACCAGCAGCCAUGCAGCCACACAUGCAGAUACCAGCAGCCAUGCAGCCACACAUGCAGAUACCAGCAGCCAUGCAGCCACACAUGCAGAUACCAGCAGCCAUGCAGCCACACAUGCAGAUACCAGCAGCCAUGCAGCCACACAUGCAGAUACCAGCAGCCAUGCAGCCACACAUGCAGAUACCAGCAGCCAUGCAGCCACACAUGCAGAUACCAGCAGCCAUGCAGCCACACAUGCAGAUACCAGCAGCCAUGCAGCCACACAUGCAGAUACCAGCAGCCAUGCAGCCACACAUGCAGAUACCAGCAGCCAUGCAGCCACACAUGCAGAUACCAGCAGCCAUGCAGCCACACAUGCAGAUACCAGCAGCCAUGCAGCCACACAUGCAGAUACCAGCAGCCAUGCAGCCACACAUGCAGAUACCAGCAGCCAUGCAGCCACACAUGCAGAUACCAGCAGCCAUGCAGCCACACAUGCAGAUACCAGCAGCCAUGCAGCCACACAUGCAGAUACCAGCAGCCAUGCAGCCACACAUGCAGAUACCAGCAGCCAUGCAGCCACACAUGCAGAUACCAGCAGCCAUGCAGCCACACAUGCAGAUACCAGCAGCCAUGCAGCCACACAUGCAGAUACCAGCAGCCAUGCAGCCACACAUGCAGAUACCAGCCAUGCAGCCCAUGCACAGCCAUGCAGCCACACAUGCAGAUACCAGCAGCCAUGCAGCCACACAUGCAGAUACCAGCAGCCAUGCAGCCACACAUGCAGAUACCAGCAGCCAUGCAGCCACACAUGCAGAUACCAGCAGCCAUGCAGCCACACAUGCAGAUACCAGCAGCCAUGCAGCCACACAUGCAGAUACCAGCAGCCAUGCAGCCACACAUGCAGAUACCAGCAGCCAUGCAGCCACACAUGCAGAUACCAGCAGCCAUGCAGCCACACAUGCAGAUACCAGCAGCCAUGCAGCCACACAUGCAGAUACCAGCAGCCAUGCAGCCACACAUGCAGAUACCAGCAGCCAUGCAGCCACACAUGCAGAUACCAGCAGCCAUGCAGCCACACAUGCAGAUACCAGCAGCCAUGCAGCCACACAUGCAGAUACCAGCAGCCAUGCAGCCACACAUGCAGAUACCAGCAGCCAUGCAGCCACACAUGCAGAUACCAGCAGCCAUGCAGCCACACAUGCAGAUACCAGCAGCCAUGCAGCCACACAUGCAGAUACCAGCAGCCAUGCAGCCACACAUGCAGAUACCAGCAGCCAUGCAGCCACACAUGCAGAUACCAGCAGCCAUGCAGCCACACAUGCAGAUACCAGCAGCCAUGCAGCCACACAUGCAGAUACCAGGCAAGCCAUGCAGCCACACAUGCAGAUACCAGCAGCCAUGCAGCCACACAUGCAGAUACCAGCAGCCAUGCAGCCACACAUGCAGAUACCAGCAGCCAUGCAGCCACACAUGCAGAUACCAGCAGCCAUGCAGCCACACAUGCAGAUACCAGCAGCCAUGCAGCCACACAUGCAGAUACCAGCAGCCAUGCAGCCACACAUGCAGAUACCAGCAGCCAUGCAGCCACACAUGCAGAUACCAGCAGCCAUGCAGCCACAAUGCAGAUACCAGCAGCCAUGCAGCCACACAUGCAGAUACCAGCAGCCAUGCAGCCACACAUGCAGAUACCAGCAGCCAUGCAGCCACACAUGCAGAUACCAGCAGCCAUGCAGCCACACAUGCAGAUACCAGCAGCCAUGCAGCCACACAUGCAGAUACCAGCAGCCAUGCAGCCACACAUGCAGAUACCAGCAGCCAUGCAGCCACACAUGCAGAUACCAGCAGCCAUGCAGCCACACAUGCAGAUACCAGCAGCCAUGCAGCCACACAUGCAGAUACCAGCAGCCAUGCAGCCACACAUGCAGAUACCAGCAGCCAUGCAGCCACACAUGCAGAUACCAGCAGCCAUGCAGCCACACAUGCAGAUACCAGCAGCCAUGCAGCCACACAUGCAGAUACCAGCAGCCAUGCAGCCACACAUGCAGAUACCAGCAGCCAUGCAGCCACACAUGCAGAUACCAGCAGCCAUGCAGCCACACAUGCAGAUACCAGCAGCCAUGCAGCCACACAUGCAGAUACCAGCAGCCAUGCAGCCACACAUGCAGAUACCAGCAGCCAUGCAGCCACACAUGCAGAUACCAGCAGCCAUGCAGCCACACAUGCAGAUACCAGCAGCCAUGCAGCCACACAUGCAGAUACCAGCAGCCAUGCAGCCACACAUGCAGAUACCAGCAGCCAUGCAGCCACACAUGCAGAUACCAGCAGCCAUGCAGCCACACAUGCAGAUACCAGCAGCCAUGCAGCCACACAUGCAGAUACCAGCAGCCAUGCAGCCACACAUGCAGAUACCAGCAGCCAUGCAGCCACACAUGCAGAUACCAGCAGCCAUGCAGCCACACAUGCAGAUACCAGCAGCCAUGCAGCCACACAUGCAGAUACCAGCAGCCAUGCAGCCACACAUGCAGAUACCAGCAGCCAUGCAGCCACACAUGCAGAUACCAGCAGCCAUGCAGCCACACAUGCAGAUACCAGCAGCCAUGCAGCCACACAUGCAGAUACCAGCAGCCAUGCAGCCACACAUGCAGAUACCAGCAGCCAUGCAGCCACACAUGCAGAUACCAGCAGCCAUGCAGCCACACAUGCAGAUACCAGCAGCCAUGCAGCCACACAUGCAGAUACCAGCAGCCAUGCAGCCACACAUGCAGAUACCAGCAGCCAUGCAGCCACACAUGCAGAUACCAGCAGCCAUGCAGCCACACAUGCAGAUACCAGCAGCCAUGCAGCCACACAUGCAGAUACCAGCAGCCAUGCAGCCACACAUGCAGAUACCAGCAGCCAUGCAGCCACACAUGCAGAUACCAGCAGCCAUGCAGCCACACAUGCAGAUACCAGCAGCCAUGCAGCCACACAUGCAGAUACCAGCAGCCAUGCAGCCACACAUGCAGAUACCAGCAGCCAUGCAGCCACACAUGCAGAUACCAGCAGCCAUGCAGCCACACAUGCAGAUACCAGCAGCCAUGCAGCCACACAUGCAGAUACCAGCAGCCAUGCAGCCACACAUGCAGAUACCAGCAGCCAUGCAGCCACACAUGCAGAUACCAGCAGCCAUGCAGCCACACAUGCAGAUACCAGCAGCCAUGCAGCCACACAUGCAGAUACCAGCAGCCAUGCAGCCACACAUGCAGAUACCAGCAGCCAUGCAGCCACACAUGCAGAUACCAGCAGCCAUGCAGCCACACAUGCAGAUACCAGCAGCCAUGCAGCCACACAUGCAGAUACCAGCAGCCAUGCAGCCACACAUGCAGAUACCAGCAGCCAUGCAGCCACACAUGCAGAUACCAGCAGCCAUGCAGCCACACAUGCAGAUACCAGCAGCCAUGCAGCCACACAUGCAGAUACCAGCAGCCAUGCAGCCACACAUGCAGAUACCAGCAGCCAUGCAGCCACACAUGCAGAUACCAGCAGCCAUGCAGCCACACAUGCAGAUACCAGCAGCCAUGCAGCCACACAUGCAGAUACCAGCAGCCAUGCAGCCACACAUGCAGAUACCAGCAGCCAUGCAGCCACACAUGCAGAUACCAGCAGCCAUGCAGCCACACAUGCAGAUACCAGCAGCCAUGCAGCCACACAUGCAGAUACCAGCAGCCAUGCAGCCACACAUGCAGAUACCAGCAGCCAUGCAGCCACACAUGCAGAUACCAGCAGCCAUGCAGCCACACAUGCAGAUACCAGCAGCCAUGCAGCCACACAUGCAGAUACCAGCAGCCAUGCAGCCACACAUGCAGAUACCAGCAGCCAUGCAGCCACACAUGCAGAUACCAGCAGCCAUGCAGCCACACAUGCAGAUACCAGCAGCCAUGCAGCCACACAUGCAGAUACCAGCAGCCAUGCAGCCACACAUGCAGAUACCAGCAGCCAUGCAGCCACACAUGCAGAUACCAGCAGCCAUGCAGCCACACAUGCAGAUACCAGCAGCCAUGCAGCCACACAUGCAGAUACCAGCAGCCAUGCAGCCACACAUGCAGAUACCAGCAGCCAUGCAGCCACACAUGCAGAUACCAGCAGCCAUGCAGCCACACAUGCAGAUACCAGCAGCCAUGCAGCCACACAUGCAGAUACCAGCAGCCAUGCAGCCACACAUGCAGAUACCAGCAGCCAUGCAGCCACACAUGCAGAUACCAGCAGCCAUGCAAGCCACACAUGCAGAUACCAGCAGCCAUGCAGCCACACAUGCAGAUACCAGCAGCCAUGCAGCCACACAUGCAGAUACCAGCAGCCAUGCAGCCACACAUGCAGAUACCAGCAGCCAUGCAGCCACACAUGCAGAUACCAGCAGCCAUGCAGCCACACAUGCAGAUACCAGCAGCCAUGCAGCCACACAUGCAGAUACCAGCAGCCAUGCAGCCACACAUGCAGAUACCAGCAGCCAUGCAGCCACACAUGCAGAUACCAGCAGCCAUGCAGCCACACAUGCAGAUACCAGCAGCCAUGCAGCCACACAUGCAGAUACCAGCAGCCAUGCAGCCACACAUGCAGAUACCAGCAGCCAUGCAGCCACACAUGCAGAUACCAGCAGCCAUGCAGCCACACAUGCAGAUACCAGCAGCCAUGCAGCCACACAUGCAGAUACCAGCAGCCAUGCAGCCACACAUGCAGAUACCAGCAGCCAUGCAAGCCACACAUGCAGAUACCAGCAGCCAUGCAGCCACACAUGCAGAUACCAGCAGCCAUGCAGCCACACAUGCAGAUACCAGCAGCCAUGCAGCCACACAUGCAGAUACCAGCAGCCAUGCAGCCACACAUGCAGAUACCAGCAGCCAUGCAGCCACACAUGCAGAUACCAGCAGCCAUGCAGCCACACAUGCAGAUACCAGCAGCCAUGCAGCCACACAUGCAGAUACCAGCAGCCAUGCAGCCACACAUGCAGAUACCAGCAGCCAUGCAGCCACACAUGCAGAUACCAGCAGCCAUGCAGCCACACAUGCAGAUACCAGCAGCCAUGCAGCCACACAUGCAGAUACCAGCAGCCAUGCAGCCACACAUGCAGAUACCAGCAGCCAUGCAGCCACACAUGCAGAUACCAGCAGCCAUGCAGCCACACAUGCAGAUACCAGCAGCCAUGCAGCCACACAUGCAGAUACCAGCAGCCAUGCAGCCACACAUGCAGAUACCAGCAGCCAUGCAGCCACACAUGCAGAUACCAGCAGCCAUGCAGCCACACAUGCAGAUACCAGCAGCCAUGCAGCCACACAUGCAGAUACCAGCAGCCAUGCAGCCACACAUGCAGAUACCAGCAGCCAUGCAGCCACACAUGCAGAUACCAGCAGCCAUGCAGCCACACAUGCAGAUACCAGCAGCCAUGCAGCCACACAUGCAGAUACCAGCAAGCCAUGCAGCCACACAUGCAGAUACCAGCAGCCAUGCAGCCACACAUGCAGAUACCAGCAGCCAUGCAGCCACACAUGCAGAUACCAGCAGCCAUGCAGCCACACAUGCAGAUACCAGCAGCCAUGCAGCCACACAUGCAGAUACCAGCAGCCAUGCAGCCACACAUGCAGAUACCAGCAGCCAUGCAGCCACACAUGCAGAUACCAGCAGCCAUGCAGCCACACAUGCAGAUACCAGCAGCCAUGCAGCCACACAUGCAGAUACCAGCAGCCAUGCAGCCACACAUGCAGAUACCAGCAGCCAUGCAGCCACACAUGCAGAUACCAGCAGCCAUGCAGCCACACAUGCAGAUACAGCAGCAUGCAGCCACACAUGCAGAUACCAGCUAGCCAGGCCACACAUGCAGAUACCAGCAGCCAUGCAGCCACACAUGCAGAUACCAGCAGCCAUGCAGCCACACAUGCAGAUACCAGCAGCCAUGCAGCCACACAUGCAGAUACCAGCAGCCAUGCAGCCACACAUGCAGAUACCAGCAGCCAUGCAGCCACACAUGCAGAUACCAGCAGCCAUGCAGCCACACAUGCAGAUACCAGCAGCCAUGCAGCCACACAUGCAGAUACCAGCAGCCAUGCAGCCACACAUGCAGAUACCAGCAGCCAUGCAGCCACACAUGCAGAUACCAGCAGCCAUGCAGCCACACAUGCAGAUACCAGCAGCCAUGCAGCCACACAUGCAGAUACCAGCAGCCAUGCAGCCACACAUGCAGAUACCAGCAGCCAUGCAGCCACACAUGCAGAUACCAGCAGCCAUGCAGCCACACAUGCAGAUACCAGCAGCCAUGCAGCCACACAUGCAGAUACCAGCAGCCAUGCAGCCACACAUGCAGAUACCAGCAGCCAUGCAGCCACACAUGCAGAUACCAGCAGCCAUGCAGCCACACAUGCAGAUACCAGCAGCCAUGCAGCCACACAUGCAGAUACCAGCAGCCAUGCAGCCACACAUGCAGAUACCAGCAGCCAUGCAGCCACACAUGCAGAUACCAGCAGCCAUGCAGCCACACAUGCAGAUACCAGCAGCCAUGCAGCCACACAUGCAGAUACCAGCAGCCAUGCAGCCACACAUGCAGAUACCAGCAGCCAUGCAGCCACACAUGCAGAUACCAGCAGCCAUGCAGCCACACAUGCAGAUACCAGCAGCCAUGCAGCCACACAUGCAGAUACCAGCAGCCAUGCAGCCACACAUGCAGAUACCAGCAGCCAUGCAGCCACACAUGCAGAUACCAGCAGCCAUGCAGCCACACAUGCAGAUACCAGCAGCCAUGCAAGCCACACAUGCAGAUACCAGCAGCCAUGCAGCCACACAUGCAGAUACCAGCAGCCAUGCAGCCACACAUGCAGAUACCAGCAGCCAUGCAGCCACACAUGCAGAUACCAGCAGCCAUGCAGCCACACAUGCAGAUACCAGCAGCCAUGCAGCCACACAUGCAGAUACCAGCAGCCAUGCAGCCACACAUGCAGAUACCAGCAGCCAUGCAGCCACACAUGCAGAUACCAGCAGCCAUGCAGCCACACAUGCAGAUACCAGCAGCCAUGCAGCCACACAUGCAGAUACCAGCAGCCAUGCAGCCACACAUGCAGAUACCAGCAGCCAUGCAGCCACACAUGCAGAUACCAGCAGCCAUGCAGCCACACAUGCAGAUACCAGCAGCCAUGCAGCCACACAUGCAGAUACCAGCAGCCAUGCAGCCACACAUGCAGAUACCAGCAGCCAUGCAGCCACACAUGCAGAUACCAGCAGCCAUGCAGCCACACAUGCAGAUACCAGCAGCCAUGCAGCCACACAUGCAGAUACCAGCAGCCAUGCAGCCACACAUGCAGAUACCAGCAGCCAUGCAGCCACACAUGCAGAUACCAGCAGCCAUGCAGCCACACAUGCAGAUACCAGCAGCCAUGCAGCCACACAUGCAGAUACCAGCAGCCAUGCAGCCACACAUGCAGAUACCAGCAGCCAUGCAGCCACACAUGCAGAUACCAGCAGCCAUGCAGCCACACAUGCAGAUACCAGCAGCCAUGCAGCCACACAUGCAGAUACCAGCAGCCAUGCAGCCACACAUGCAGAUACCAGCAGCCAUGCAGCCACACAUGCAGAUACCAGCAGCCAUGCAGCCACACAUGCAGAUACCAGCAGCCAUGCAGCCACACAUGCAGAUACCAGCAGCCAUGCAGCCACACAUGCAGAUACCAGCAGCCAUGCAGCCACACAUGCAGAUACCAGCAGCCAUGCAGCCACACAUGCAGAUACCAGCAGCCAUGCAGCCACACAUGCAGAUACCAGCAGCCAUGCAGCCACACAUGCAGAUACCAGCAGCCAUGCAGCCACACAUGCAGAUACCAGCAGCCAUGCAGCCACACAUGCAGAUACCAGCAGCCAUGCAGCCACACAUGCAGAUACCAGCAGCCAUGCAGCCACACAUGCAGAUACCAGCAGCCAUGCAGCCACACAUGCAGAUACCAGCAGCCAUGCAGCCACACAUGCAGAUACCAGCAGCCAUGCAGCCACACAUGCAGAUACCAGCAGCCAUGCAGCCACACAUGCAGAUACCAGCAGCCAUGCAGCCACACAUGCAGAUACCAGCAGCCAUGCAGCCACACAUGCAGAUACCAGCAGCCAUGCAGCCACACAUGCAGAUACCAGCAGCCAUGCAGCCACACAUGCAGAUACCAGCAGCCAUGCAGCCACACAUGCAGAUACCAGCAGCCAUGCAAGCAGCCACACAUGCAGAUACCAGCAGCCAUGCAGCCACACAUGCAGAUACCAGCAGCCAUGCAGCCACACAUGCAGAUACCAGCAGCCAUGCAGCCACACAUGCAGAUACCAGCAGCCAUGCAGCCACACAUGCAGAUACCAGCAGCCAUGCAGCCACACAUGCAGAUACCAGCAGCCAUGCAGCCACACAUGCAGAUACCAGCAGCCAUGCAGCCACACAUGCAGAUACCAGCAGCCAUGCAGCCACACAUGCAGAUACCAGCAGCCAUGCAGCCACACAUGCAGAUACCAGCAGCCAUGCAGCCACACAUGCAGAUACCAGCAGCCAUGCAGCCACACAUGCAGAUACCAGCAGCCAUGCAGCCACACAUGCAGAUACCAGCAGCCAUGCAGCCACACAUGCAGAUACCAGCAGCCAUGCAGCCACACAUGCAGAUACCAGCAGCCAUGCAGCCACACAUGCAGAUACCAGCAGCCAUGCAGCCACACAUGCAGAUACCAGCAGCCAUGCAGCCACACAUGCAGAUACCAGCAGCCAUGCAGCCACACAUGCAGAUACCAGCAGCCAUGCAGCCACACAUGCAGAUACCAGCAGCCAUGCAGCCACACAUGCAGAUACCAGCAGCCAUGCAGCCACACAUGCAGAUACCAGCAGCCAUGCAGCCACACAUGCAGAUACCAGCAGCCAUGCAGCCACACAUGCAGAUACCAGCAGCCAUGCAGCCACACAUGCAGAUACCAGCAGCCAUGCAGCCACACAUGCAGAUACCAGCAGCCAUGCAGCCACACAUGCAGAUACCAGCAGCCAUGCAGCCACACAUGCAGAUACCAGCAGCCAUGCAGCCACACAUGCAGAUACCAGCAGCCAUGCAGCCACACAUGCAGAUACCAGCAGCCAUGCAAGGCCACACAUGCAGAUACCAGCAGCCAUGCAGCCACACAUGCAGAUACCAGCAGCCAUGCAGCCACACAUGCAGAUACCAGCAGCCAUGCAGCCACACAUGCAGAUACCAGCAGCCAUGCAGCCACACAUGCAGAUACCAGCAGCCAUGCAGCCACACAUGCAGAUACCAGCAGCCAUGCAGCCACACAUGCAGAUACCAGCAGCCAUGCAGCCACACAUGCAGAUACCAGCAGCCAUGCAGCCACACAUGCAGAUACCAGCAGCCAUGCAGCCACACAUGCAGAUACCAGCAGCCAUGCAGCCACACAUGCAGAUACCAGCAGCCAUGCAGCCACACAUGCAGAUACCAGCAGCCAUGCAGCCACACAUGCAGAUACCAGCAGCCAUGCAGCCACACAUGCAGAUACCAGCAGCCAUGCAGCCACACAUGCAGAUACCAGCAGCCAUGCAGCCACACAUGCAGAUACCAGCAGCCAUGCAGCCACACAUGCAGAUACCAGCAGCCAUGCAGCCACACAUGCAGAUACCAGCAGCCAUGCAGCCACACAUGCAGAUACCAGCAGCCAUGCAGCCACACAUGCAGAUACCAGCAGCCAUGCAGCCACACAUGCAGAUACCAGCAGCCAUGCAGCCACACAUGCAGAUACCAGCAGCCAUGCAGCCACACAUGCAGAUACCAGCAGCCAUGCAGCCACACAUGCAGAUACCAGCAGCCAUGCAGCCACACAUGCAGAUACCAGCAGCCAUGCAGCCACACAUGCAGAUACCAGCAGCCAUGCAGCCACACAUGCAGAUACCAGCAGCCAUGCAGCCACACAUGCAGAUACCAGCAGCCAUGCAGCCACACAUGCAGAUACCAGCAGCCAUGCAGCCACACAUGCAGAUACCAGCAGCCAUGCAGCCACACAUGCAGAUACCAGCAGCCAUGCAGCCACACAUGCAGAUACCAGCAGCCAUGCAGCCACACAUGCAGAUACCAGCAGCCAUGCAGCCACACAUGCAGAUACCAGCAGCCAUGCAGCCACACAUGCAGAUACCAGCAGCCAUGCAGCCACACAUGCAGAUACCAGCAGCCAUGCAGCCACACAUGCAGAUACCAGCAGCCAUGCAGCCACACAUGCAGAUACCAGCAGCCAUGCAGCCACACAUGCAGAUACCAGCAGCCAUGCAGCCACACAUGCAGAUACCAGCAGCCAUGCAGCCACACAUGCAGAUACCAGCAGCCAUGCAGCCACACAUGCAGAUACCAGCAGCCAUGCAGCCACACAUGCAGAUACCAGCAGCCAUGCAGCCACACAUGCAGAUACCAGCAGCCAUGCAGCCACACAUGCAGAUACCAGCAGCCAUGCAGCCACACAUGCAGAUACCAGCAGCCAUGCAGCCACACAUGCAGAUACCAGCAGCCAUGCAGCCACACAUGCAGAUACCAGCAGCCAUGCAGCCACACAUGCAGAUACCAGCAGCCAUGCAGCCACACAUGCAGAUACCAGCAGCCAUGCAGCCACACAUGCAGAUACCAGCAGCCAUGCAGCCACACAUGCAGAUACCAGCAGCCAUGCAGCCACACAUGCAGAUACCAGCAGCCAUGCAGCCACACAUGCAGAUACCAGCAGCCAUGCAGCCACACAUGCAGAUACCAGCAGCCAUGCAGCCACACAUGCAGAUACCAGCAGCCAUGCAGCCACACAUGCAGAUACCAGCAGCCAUGCAGCCACACAUGCAGAUACCAGCAGCCAUGCAGCCACACAUGCAGAUACCAGCAGCCAUGCAGCCACACAUGCAGAUACCAGCAGCCAUGCAGCCACACAUGCAGAUACCAGCAGCCAUGCAGCCACACAUGCAGAUACCAGCAGCCAUGCAGCCACACAUGCAGAUACCAGCAGCCAUGCAGCCACACAUGCAGAUACCAGCAGCCAAUGCAGCCACACAUGCAGAUACCAGCAGCCAUGCAGCCACACAUGCAGAUACCAGCAGCCAUGCAGCCACACAUGCAGAUACCAGCAGCCAUGCAGCCACACAUGCAGAUACCAGCAGCCAUGCAGCCACACAUGCAGAUACCAGCAGCCAUGCAGCCACACAUGCAGAUACCAGCAGCCAUGCAGCCACACAUGCAGAUACCAGCAGCCAUGCAGCCACACAUGCAGAUACCAGCAGCCAUGCAGCCACACAUGCAGAUACCAGCAGCCAUGCAGCCACACAUGCAGAUACCAGCAGGCCAUGCAGCCACACAUGCAGAUACCAGCAGCCAUGCAGCCACACAUGCAGAUACCAGCAGCCAUGCAGCCACACAUGCAGAUACCAGCAGCCAUGCAGCCACACAUGCAGAUACCAGCAGCCAUGCAGCCACACAUGCAGAUACCAGCAGCCAUGCAGCCACACAUGCAGAUACCAGCAGCCAUGCAGCCACACAUGCAGAUACCAGCAGCCAUGCAGCCACACAUGCAGAUACCAGCAGCCAUGCAGCCACACAUGCAGAUACCAGCAGCCAUGCAGCCACACAUGCAGAUACCAGCAGCCAUGCAGCCACACAUGCAGAUACCAGCAGCCAUGCAGCCACACAUGCAGAUACCAGCAGCCAUGCAGCCACACAUGCAGAUACCAGCAGCCAUGCAGCCACACAUGCAGAUACCAGCAGCCAUGCAGCCACACAUGCAGAUACCAGCAGCCAUGCAGCCACACAUGCAGAUACCAGCAGCCAUGCAGCCACACAUGCAGAUACCAGCAGCCAUGCAGCCACACAUGCAGAUACCAGCAGCCAUGCAGCCACACAUGCAGAUACCAGCAGCCAUGCAGCCACACAUGCAGAUACCAGCAGCCAUGCAGCCACACAUGCAGAUACCAGCAGCAUGCAGCCACACAUGCAGAUACCAGCAGCCAUGCAGCCACACAUGCAGAUACCAGCAGCCAUGCAGCCACACAUGCAGAUACCAGCAGCCAUGCAGCCACACAUGCAGAUACCAGCAGCCAUGCAGCCACACAUGCAGAUACCAGCAGCCAUGCAGCCACACAUGCAGAUACCAGCAGCCAUGCAGCCACACAUGCAGAUACCAGCAGCCAUGCAGCCACACAUGCAGAUACCAGCAGCCAUGCAGCCACACAUGCAGAUACCAGCAGCCAUGCAGCCACACAUGCAGAUACCAGCAGCCAUGCAGCCACACAUGCAGAUACCAGCAGCCAUGCAGCCACACAUGCAGAUACCAGCAGCCAUGCAGCCACACAUGCAGAUACCAGCAGCCAUGCAGCCACACAUGCAGAUACCAGCAGCCAUGCAGCCACACAUGCAGAUACCAGCAGCCAUGCAGCCACACAUGCAGAUACCAGCAGCCAUGCAGCCACACAUGCAGAUACCAGCAGCCAUGCAGCCACACAUGCCAGCAGGCCAUGCAGCCACACAUGCAGAUACCAGCAGCCAUGCAGCCACACAUGCAGAUACCAGCAAGCCAUGCAGCCACACAUGCAGAUACCAGCAGCCAUGCAGCCACACAUGCAGAUACCAGCAGCCAUGCAGCCACACAUGCAGAUACCAGCAGCCAUGCAGCCACACAUGCAGAUACCAGCAGCCAUGCAGCCACACAUGCAGAUACCAGCAGCCAUGCAGCCACACAUGCAGAUACCAGCAGCCAUGCAGCCACACAUGCAGAUACCAGCAGCCAUGCAGCCACACAUGCAGAUACCAGCAGCCAUGCAGCCACACAUGCAGAUACCAGCAGCCAUGCAGCCACACAUGCAGAUACCAGCAGCCAUGCAGCCACACAUGCAGAUACCAGCAGCCAUGCAGCCACACAUGCAGAUACCAGCAAGCCAUGCAGCCACACAUGCAGAUACCAGCAGCCAUGCAGCCACACAUGCAGAUACCAGCAGCCAUGCAGCCACACAUGCAGAUACCAGCAGCCAUGCAGCCACACAUGCAGAUACCAGCAGCCAUGCAGCCACACAUGCAGAUACCAGCAGCCAUGCAGCCACACAUGCAGAUACCAGCAGCCAUGCAGCCACACAUGCAGAUACCAGCAGCCAUGCAGCCACACAUGCAGAUACCAGCAGCCAUGCAGCCACACAUGCAGAUACCAGCAGCCAUGCAGCCACACAUGCAGAUACCAGCAGCCAUGCAGCCACACAUGCAGAUACCAGCAGCCAUGCAGCCACACAUGCAGAUACCAGCAGCCAUGCAGCCACACAUGCAGAUACCAGCAGCCAUGCAGCCACACAUGCAGAUACCAGCAGCCAUGCAGCCACACAUGCAGAUACCAGCAGCCAUGCAGCCACACAUGCAGAUACCAGCAGCCAUGCAGCCACACAUGCAGAUACCAGCAGCCAUGCAGCCACACAUGCAGAUACCAGCAGCCAUGCAGCCACACAUGCAGAUACCAGCAGCCAUGCAGCCACACAUGCAGAUACCAGCAGCCAUGCAGCCACACAUGCAGAUACCAGCAGCCAUGCAGCCACACAUGCAGAUACCAGCAGCCAUGCAGCCACACAUGCAGAUACCAGCAGCCAUGCAGCCACACAUGCAGAUACCAGCAGCCAUGCAGCCACACAUGCAGAUACCAGCAGCCAUGCAGCCACACAUGCAGAUACCAGCAGCCAUGCAGCCACACAUGCAGAUACCAGCAAGCCAUGCAGCCACACAUGCAGAUACCAGCAGCCAUGCAGCCACACAUGCAGAUACCAGCAGCCAUGCAGCCACACAUGCAGAUACCAGCAGCCAUGCAGCCACACAUGCAGAUACCAGCAGCCAUGCAGCCACACAUGCAAGAUACCAGCAGCCAUGCAGCCACACAUGCAGAUAA